CCAGGCGCCUGACAGACUACAACCCCCACAACCCCCCGCGCGCUGCCGGGGCGGGCAGUGCUGAGGCGGCGAGCGGGGCCUGCGGGCCGGGUGUCCUUGCGAGGGGACGAUGGCUCACUGCCGCGCCGCCCGGCUCCUCGGCCGCUUCCUCCGCCUGCACCAGGAUGGAGUACGGCACUGCUCCUACUCGGCAUCGAGGAAAAAUCUGUAUAUUAACAAAAAUACAAAGGUUAUCUGUCAGGGUUUUACAGGCAAACAGGGCACCUUUCACAGCCAGCAGGCAUUGGACUAUGGCACCAAUCUAGUUGGAGGAAUUUCUCCAGGGAAAGGUGGAAAAACUCAUCUGGGUCUGCCUGUGUUUAAUUCUGUGAAGGAGGCCAAAGAACAAACGGGUGCUUCUGCCACUGUUAUAUAUGUACCUCCUCCGUUUGCUGCUGCUGCGAUCAAUGAAGCAAUCGAUGCAGAAAUGCCCUUAGUUGUUUGCAUUACUGAAGGUAUUCCCCAGCAGGACAUGGUUCGGGUUAAACACAGACUGGUUCGGCAGGGUAAGACUCGACUCGUGGGCCCGAAUUGUCCUGGUGUCAUCAAUCCUGGAGAAUGUAAAAUUGGUAUCAUGCCUGGUCACAUUCACAAGAAGGGAAGAAUUGGUAUUGUAUCGAGAUCUGGAACCUUGACCUACGAAGCUGUUCAUCAGACGACGCAAGUUGGAUUGGGGCAGUCUUUCUGUGUUGGGAUUGGAGGUGAUCCCUUCAAUGGAACUAAUUUUAUUGACUGCCUUGAUGUCUUCCUGAAGGAUCCUCAUACUGAGGGGAUCAUAUUAAUUGGGGAGAUCGGAGGAAAUGCUGAAGAAGAUGCAGCAGCAUUCCUAAAAGAAAAUAAUUCUGGUCCAAAUGCCAAGCCAGUAGUGUCAUUCAUUGCUGGUCUGACUGCUCCUCCAGGCAGGCGGAUGGGUCAUGCUGGAGCAAUCAUUGCUGGUGGAAAGGGUGGAGCUAAAGAGAAGAUAGCAGCUCUUCAGAGUGCUGGUGUCGUGGUCAGCAUGUCCCCUGCUCAGCUAGGUAGCACCAUCUACAAGGAGUUUGAGAAAAGGAAAUUGCUGUAAGAGAAGACACUUUGGAACACCGUCUCUGAACCAUCAGUGCAGCACCUGGCCUCUGCUUAUCUUUUGUCUGCUAAUCCUCAGUUGCCCAAAUGACUGGCACUGGUUGUGGAAUUUGACUUUGAAGCCAUAAACCUCUUGGCUAUACCUGUUUUGAUGUCUCCUUGGUUCAGACGUGAUCACCUUAUUGUAAAUCACAGCAAACUAAUAAAUCUACUACUAAACCUGAUACAUCAUUUGAAUUCCUGAAGCAGAACUGUUUCUUCAAUCAUCAUAAAGAAACCAAUCAGCCUUGAAGGUCUGAAUCUUUUGUAACUUAAGCACUGCCCAUUUUAAGGUUAAGUCGCUUAUAGAGAUGCCUCUAAGGAUCAAGGCGCUGACUUUAAGCACGUUGCUUGUAUCAUGUGUCACACUUUAUUUUUAAAAUUCUUACAUGUUCACUGCUGGCAAGUACAUUUGAACAAUAGGCCAAAGUUUCCGUCCAUUAAACCAAAGCUGCUGGAUCUGAAGGGGUUGCUUGUUGAUCCACGUAGCUGGAUAUGCCUGAAGUCCAGACUUUCUUUUCAAGGCUGACCCAUGCACAGUGUAGCCCUCUACUGACGAGGAAUUCUUUUUGUUUUACGGAGAGGUGGAAUUUUUGUUCACAAAAAUGAGUCUAAUUUCCAAUGCAAAUGUAUACAGUCAAAAGUGUAACUAUGAAAAUGAUUUGCUUUUUGUCUUAAACUGCUUUACUUUCCUCUUUAACCUGAACUAGGGUUGCGUUGUUUGUGUGUUCUGAAAUCCCAAUAACAUUGGGAGAUAAUGGAUGAGAAUUACUAUUUUCUGGAAAAGAAUGUAAUAAGUUAUCUUACCUGUUAGCCACUCCCAGCACUGCAAUGGAAAGGCCUUUUUACUUUGGAAAUAGCCCAAACACAGUGCCUAUAAACGAGUGUUAAAGUUUCAUCAGGAUGGAGUAAACUCAAGAUGGCUUUCUUUAUAUAGAGGGCUGAAAAUUCAUGUAACCUGGCACUUGUCUAAAGCAAACCUUGUGUUCCAUAAAGGUGCUGUUACCAAAA